AUGGUUAAACAUUGUGCAGGGCUGCCAUUAGCCAUUGUUGUAUUGGGAGGAAUUUUGGCUACAAAGAAUUAUUCAUUAAACGAAUGGCAAAAGAUAUCUAACAAUGUACAAUCAUACUUGAAAAGAGGCAAAAAUCAAGGACCAGAGGAUGUGUUAGCAUUAAGUUAUGAUGAUUUGCCUCCCUAUCUAAGACCGUGUUUCCUCUAUCUAAGCCAUUUUCCGGAGGAUUAUAUGAUAGAUGUGGAUAGAUUGAUUCAAUUAUGGGUUGCUGAAGGUAUUGUGUCAUCAAAGGAAGAAGAAAGAGACAGUGGGGAAAUUGCGGAAGAUGUGGCGGAAUCUUAUUUAAUGGAGCUUGUGGAAAGGUGCAUGAUUCAAUUACAAGAAAGAAAUGUGACAGCCUCAGAGAUCAGAGCGACCUCAAAGGUCAAAACGAUUCAGAUGCAUGAUCUUAUGAGAGAUCUUUGCUUAUCAAAGGCAAAACAAGAAAAUUUUGUCUUCAUUGUUGAUCGAUCGAAUGCAUCUUCAUUAUCUAUGAUUCGGAAGGUUCGUAGGGUUUCUGUGCAUGAGUCUUUUUUCAUACAAUGCAUUAAAAGUCCAAAUAUUCGGUCACUUUUGUUCUUCAAUCAGUUCUUUUCGGAGGAGGCAUUAGAAAAAUCUUUGCCCUUGGAGGUGUUGAACUACGUUAAAAAACAUUGUGACGAUUGUUGUAAUCCACUAUUUUGGAUUCUUCUGAUUUUGGCAGGUUCUACAAGACGUCUUAAAAUUCGGGGAUUUUGGAGAUACAUGUUCAACAACUUCAAAUUGCUAAGAGUCCUAAACUAUGACAAAGGAAGAACGUCAUAUGGUUUUUGGACCGGGUGGGAUUUACCCAGUGAUAUAGGGAAUCUCAUCCAUUUAAGAUUCUUGAGUCUAAAGGAUCUUGAGUUCUUAUGGCCAAAGUUGCCAUCAUCUCUAGGCAACUUAAGGUGCUUGCAAACCUUGGAUUUAAGAGUUGGUGGUUACGAAAUUCAUGUACCUAACGUGAUAUGGAGGAUGGAGCAACUAAGACAUUUAUAUCUCCCUGUCACGUGUAAAAGCAGAACUAAGUUGAAGUUGGGUACUUUGAGAAAACUCCUAACACUCGUGAACUUCAACACCAAGAAUUGUUAUCUGGAGGAUCUUAUCAACAUGACAAAUCUUAGAGAGUUGGAGAUAAAUUUGCCCUUCAAUAUUGAAAAUUUCAAUGAGUCGGGCGAGAAUCCACCCAUAAUCGGUAGUAAAUAUCUUCAUUCCCUGUUUAUUAUUGCCAUUCGUUAUAAAACUCAAUAUCUUAUUCGGAUUAGGAUACGAGCGAAUAACAGCUAA